AUAAACCAAGUUAAAUGUAAAAUUUGUAACUUUUUUUUAGGUGGAUAUGGAGAAAUGGCAGAAAGGAAAAGUGCACCGUAUUACUAGUUCGAAAGCUUUUAAUGUCACCCAAAUCAGUUAUUUCACUAGCAGUAAGCUCAGCUGUAAUCUUUCCUAAGGAAAUUAGAGCAAACGUAUAAUCUAUUCGAAUGCAGUAUCAGCUAUUGGGCCCUGGCUCCGCUAUUGGGCAACGUGACGUAGCGUUAAUGCGCAGGAAAAACCAAUCAGCAAUUUCAGCAUUUCCAGAGCCGAUGUCGCGUGUCUUUCCGAAUCACGAGGCUAAUUUGUGGUAAAUUGACAUCUAAUCAUUGAUAGUAGCAUUGUUCCCUGACCGAGCUGUUAGGGAGCAAUAAGCAACAAGUGGUUGAGAAAACAUAGUAACCAACGAAACGUUGAAGACUAGUUGAAAUGUCAAAAGAAGUGAAACGUGUAUUUCUCACAGGUGCAUCUGGAUUACUUGGUCGAUCAGUUUACCAAAAAUUUUCAGAACAGAACUGGACGGUAUUUGGUACAGCGUUUUCAAGAGUUCAGCCACAUUUGCACAAAAUUGACCUGAGAGACGAGAAUGCUGUUGAAACAGUGUUGUCAGAAUUCAAACCAAAUGUGGUGAUUCAUACUGCUGCCCAAAGAUACCCUGACAAGGUUGAUGCUGAUCCUGAAGCUGCAGUGGAUAUCAAUGUUCGUGCAACAGAGAGUUUAGCUGCACUUUGUGCCAAAGAAAGAGUGCCUCUUAUUUACAUCAGCACAGAUUAUGUAUUUGAUGGUAAAAAUCCUCCCUAUUCAGAAGAAAGUGUCCCCAGCCCUCUAAAUCUUUAUGGGAAAACAAAACUUCAGGGAGAGGAAGCUUGCAUGGCAGCUUCAUCAGGGAACAUUGUUUUACGUAUCCCAGUCCUUUAUGGCCAUGUAAUGCAUCUGGCAGAGAGUGCAGUAACAGUUCUUCUAGAAGCACUGCUAAAUACUUCUAAAGAAAGGCAGGUGUCGGAUUACGAGCGUCGCCGACCAUCUCAUGUAGACGAUAUUGCUGAAAUCUGCCUGGGACUCGCUGAUAGGAAACUGAAGGGUGAAUCAAUUCAUGGAAUAUAUCACUGGUGUGGCAAAGAGAUAUUUACAAAGUAUAAAAUGCUGCAAGAGAUGGCAGAUAUUUUCCAUUUGUCCAGUUCACACAUUUCCCCUGCUCCUGCACCUCUUCUCAGCUCCUCUGCCACUCGACCGUAUGACACAACACUAAACACUAGUAGACUUAUGGAACUCAAUAUUCAGUGUCACACGCCUUUUAGGCAGGGCAUAAAAGCAGCUCUUGAACCUUGGAUAACACAAAACCAAAGUUAAGUGAAAUUAGAAUUGUACAUAUAAAAUUAUAGUUACAUAUAGUUUGUCUGAGUAUUAAAAAGGUAAACAAAAGAAAAUACUCAAUAUAUCGUGUGUGUGUGUGUGUGUGUGUGUGUGUGUGUGAGAGAGAGAGAGAGAGAGAGAGAGAGAGAGAGAGAGAGAGAAAGGGGGGGGGGGGCUUGGUAAAACAAAGGCUGUAUUUUGAGCACUGUAUUAAUAAAAUAAAAUUUACUUUUCAGAGAGAAUAAAAAGAGAAAAAGAAGCCCGUUGUUACUCUGUCACCCAAACACAAACUUCCUAUUCAGCCAUCAACUAUCUUGUUAAAUGCAUUUUGGAGCCAGUAAUAAAAAAUAAACUUCAUUCCUCAUCUGUACUGUAAAUGGAGCAGGAAACUACACAAUAAUAAAAAGCAUUUAUUUGUAUAACAUAGUCUGUUAAUUCUGUCUCUAGAUAUUCAGGGCAUAGGAAAAAUGUGAACAGUGGGAGUAAUGGGAUGGUUGUGAUUGACGGUCAGCAAUGCAGGUAAUGCACAGACCUAACAGAGUUUCAAAGACGGCAGAUUGUUGGUCCUGAUAAGUUGGAGCAUUAGUACCCAAGACAGCCAAAUUAUUGAAUGUUUCAAGAGCAACUGUUUCAACAGUCAUGACAGCCUACACAAAACAAGAAAAGACAUUAUCAUGUAAACGUAAUAGUGAGUGCAAAUCAAAACUAAAUGGCAGAGAUCAUCAUAAACUAACACGAAUUGUGUCAAAACAACAUGAAAUGACGGCAGCUUAAGUGACUGACGAGCUCAACAGCCAUCUUUGAGAUACCGUAUCUAUGACACUGUCUGCCAAGAACUCCAUAGAGCGAAUAUUCACGGACGAGCUGCUAUACCAAAACCAUAAGUGAUGACAACUAACACUGAGAAGUGUAAAACAUGGUAUCAGGAGCAUAAAUCCUGGAUGGCUGAUCAGUGCAAACACGUCUUCUUGAUUCCAACGGUUAAGCAUGGAGGAGGAAGUGUGAUUGUGUGGGUAGCCAUAUCACUGUAAUCUGCUGGUCGCAUCAAUACUCUCAAAGGCCUGUCACAGCAAACAAUUAUGUGAACAUUUUAGUUGAUCAAGUGCAUCCAAUGAUUCAAAUGUUAUUUCCCAACAAUGCACCCAUUCACACAGCCAGGACAGUACAAUCAUGGUAUGAGGAGCAUGCAACUGAACUGCAGCAUCUUCCAUGGCCAGCACAGUCCUUGGACUUGAACAUUAUUGAACGUUGCGGGGAAGUAUUGGAGUGCAGACUCCAGAGCAUAUUUCUGCCUCCCUCAUCACUACAGGAGUUAGAAGAGAUUCUGAUCAAAGACUGGCAUAACAUUCCUCUGGAGACUAUAAAUCAUUAUCUGCCAGUAUUCCAAGAAGAAUCACAGCUGUAUUACGGGCAAAUGAGGGUCCAGCCCCUUAUUAAUAAACCAUUCCCAAGUAAGUAAA